GACAAUUAUUCUUAUUCAGCUCAUUUGAAACGUAGCCACUUGGGAGGCGCCGACGCCCCGCCGACGAGGCGAAACAGGAAAUCGCCGGAGUUGGAAGAGCAGCGGCGAUGCCUGCGAAGAACUUCAGGAAGAGAAUACACGAACAAGACGACGUUGGCGUGGAAUCCGAAAAUGAAGAGGAGCGUAGGAUGGCGUUGGAGGAGGUAAAGUUCCUCCAAAAGCUGCGGGAGAGGAAGACUGGCAUUUCGGCUUGCACUGGAACCAGCGGCCUCAUUCGCUCCGGAGACAAGGCCGAGGGUGAUGGGGAGAAGGAAGACCUUGUCCUGCAGGAUACUUUUGCACAGGAAACCGCCGUUAUUGUUGAGGAUCCGAACAUGCUAAAGUAUGUUGAUCAAGAGCUUGCGAAGAGAAGGGGCAAGAAGAUUGAUUCUUCUGAGAAAGAGGAUAAAAAUCCCAUGGACGAGCUAUAUGCCAUACCAGAACAUCUAAAGGUGAGAAAAAGGAAUUCAGAGGAAAGUUCUACGCAAUGGACAACCGGAAUCGCUGAAAUUCAACUUCCCAUCGAGUUCAAGUUGAGGAAUAUUGAAGAGACUGAGGCAGCCAAAAAGAUUCUACAAGAAAAGAGGUUUACAGGUAGAACAAAAUCAGAACCAAACAUUCCUUCAAGUUACAGUGCUGAUUAUUUUCAUCGUGGCCGAGAUUAUGCUGAAAAACUUCGGAAAGAACACUCAGAACUGUACAAAGACCACAGCAGAAAAAUGAAUGAAACGGGAACACAAUCAACAGAAGCUAAUGAUAUGGAAAUUGUAGGGAGAAGACAAGCUGCAACAGAUGAGUUAAUGCUUGAGCGCUUCCGCAAACGGGAAAGAAAUCGUGCCAUGCGCAGAUAGCAUCGGUGAUGAUUUAUAUUUGGUUUACGAACUUCCUGAUUGUACAAAGACCACAUCAGAAAAAUGUGAGACUGGAACACAAUCAACAAAAGCUGCUGAUCUGAAAAUUGUAGGCAGAAGACAAGCCGCAACAGAUGAGUUAAUGCUCGAGCGAUUCCGCAUACAGGAAGGAAAUCAUGCCAUGCACAGAUGGUAUCGGCGAUGGUUUCUAUUUGGUUUACGGUAACAAUUUCACUUAGUGUUUGUAAUAUUAGUUUUCUUCUUUAUUUACUUUUUUUAUUUUAUUUUUGGAUUGAAUUGGAUAGCUCACUAUUUUAUUAAGUUUUAUUUAAGAAAGUUGAAGGAGUUUAUGUA